AUGGAGAGGUUCUAUUUGAUGGGAAAAUAUGCAUUUUUCCUAUUCACGGAACAAGUUCCAGCAAAAAGAAACAGCAAAAAUAGAUGCGCAGGUACUUUAGAGACUAAGCCUAUUGCAAGCAUCACCAAAGAGGUCACUAAGCAAUGCAUAAUAAAUAAGAUCAUCCCAGCUAUAAUGGAGAAAUGGCCUGAAGGCAGAAGUAAGUUUAUCACUAUUCAACAAGACAAUGCAAAACCACAUAUUGCAAAUCAUGAAUCAGAUUUUAGGGCUGCUGCCACUCAAAAUGGUUUCAAUAUACAAAUAGUGCAGCAACCCCCAAACUCACCCGAUACUAAUGUGAAUGAUUUGGGUUGGUUUAGAGCAAUACAAUCAUUGCAGUUGCAGACUACAUGCGACACCCUAGAUGAUUUAGUUAAGGCAGUGGAGAAGUCUUUCCAUGACUUAUGCCCUGUGACUCUAGACAAUGUAUUCCUAUCAUUGCAAAGUUGUAUGCUAGAGAUAAUGAAGGUGAAGGGCCAGAAUUGCUACAAAAUUCUACACAUUGGGGAAAGCAUCAUUAAGGAGAAGUGCACAACUUCCUGA